AUGGGUGCUAUGAGCCGUGCAUUACGCAAAGCUGCUCGGUCGUCGUUCUCAGGCAACAUUGAACGGGCCCCAAUGUCGAGCAUAUUUACGCACUCAUCGUUCAACUCUUACGAUGGAAAAACGGACUCGGUAGAGCACAUCAGCCAUUAUAUCAAGAUGAUGUCUUUGCAUACUCACAAUGACGCACUAAUGUGUAAGGUAUUUCCCUCAAGCCUCGGACCCACUGCUUUGAGAUGGUUUAAUGGAUUACGAAAGGGCUCCAUUCACAGUUUCGCUGAGUUGAUCCAAGAAUUUGGUGUCCGGUUUGUAACCUGUAGUUGGGUCUCACAACCAGUAGACGCAUUACUAUCCUUGAAAAUAAGGGUAGGGGAAACCCUUCGCAGCUAUACCAGUCGAUAUUGGAAACUCUAUAAUGAGAUCGGUGGGGGCAACGAGAAAAUUGCGGCGAGCACCUUUAGAAUGGGGCUGCUCAAGGACUUCAAGCUUCAUGAGUCGUUGACGAGGAAGCAUCUUGAGGAUAUGAGGUAG